AUGGGUCGUCGCCGCCACGGGGGGCGUGCGAUCGGCCCGAGGUUAUCUAGAGUCACCAAAGCCGCCGGCGCCCGCCCCCCGGCCGGGGCCGGGAGGAGGCGGACCGGGAUCAACCAGGUAGGGGGAAGCGAGCGCGACGACGAGGAGCCGGGCGUGCCGGUGGGGGGGGGGGUGGGGAGAGGCAGACCCCCGCGAGGCGAGGGAGCCGAGAGAGGAGGGGGGGGCCGGGAAGGGCGCUCGCCGGGCCGGGAGACCCGACCGCCCCGGUCCCGCCCGCGGCGAGGACGCCCGACCGCGCGACCCACCCUCGGGGUCCGCGAGGGUCGCGGCGCGUCGCCGCCACCGCGCGGGAGGCACGAGGGGGGGGCGGGGUGGUGCGGCGGGGAGGAGGGCGGCGGGCCGCCCUGCUCUCUCCCUCCUCCAUCCCGCCCGGCCCGGGCCACACCGGGGACGGCCGACGCGCGCCCUCGGCGUCCGUCCGUCCACCCGCCCCAGAGCGGGGCGGGGGACGCCGGGCGGCGAGGACGCGGCGACCGGCCCGCGGCGGGGCAAGACCGGGGACCCGUCCCGCGCUCGGGCGAGCGCACCGGGGCGGGGGCGCCCCCUCGUCCGGCACGCGACGGCGGCGGCGGCGGCGGCGGCGGCGACACGGGCGACGGAUCGGGGCCGCGGCGGGCCCGGGAAGCGAGGCACACCAGGGCACGCGGCCCCGGGGAGCAGCAGACGGCGAGGGGACCGAGGCGGACGGACGGGCGGAGAGGGGCACCGACGGGAUGCGGCCACGCGGGGCCGACACCGCGCAACCGGCGGCGGGGGUGGGGUGGCCGCGCGCCACCGCGAGGGGAACGGCCCAAAGCGAGCCGGGGGAGGGGACGCGAGUCGGCCGCCGGGGCCCACCGCGGGAUCUCACCGCCACAGGCCCUCCCGGCACAGGGGCGGUCCCGCGGCGCCACCCGCGACGAAGGACUGGCGCCCCCACCCUCGCGGGGCUCGCGGCCACCGCCACCGCCACCCCCGGAGCCGCAGCCGGCCCGGGGAGAACACUCUCCCGCCGCACACCGGCGGCCCCCCCCCCACGGCCCUCACGCGCGCGGGGCUCCCCCGCCCCGCCCCCCUCGCUCAGGGCUUUCCGAGGGCACUGCACCGCUCCGCCCGGGGACGCCACCGGCCCGGCAGGGGCCGGGGGACGACACCCACGUGAAGGCGAGGCGAGGCCGGCUCGGGCCCGGGCAGGGGACGGGAACGCGGGCGGUCGCACGCGCGGGACGAGGAGAGGCGAGGCGAGGCCGGCGGCGGCGGGGAGGGGCCGGCGAGCACGCACGGCGGGGGCCGCGGGACAGGGACGCGGGCGCCGUCCGGGGACCGGAGGAAAAAGACCGGGCCACGCGGCCGGGCCCCAGGAACACCAGCGCGGGAUCCCACCGCCACCCGCACGCGAGGGCGGUCCCGCGACGCCCGGGGCGCCGGCCGGCCCCGGCCAUCCCCGGAGCAUCCGUCUUCCGUCUGAGUCUGAACCCCGAGGCGCGACAACCCGGGGACGACGCUCUCGAGCGAGGCGGCCCGGACCGUGACCGCACGCCGCCACCGGCUGCGGCUCAGGGGGCGAGGGCGGGGCUCACCCCACGGGGGCCGGCCGCACGCACACGGCCCCCCACCUGCCGGACGCCCGGCGGGGCCCAGCGGGACCCUCCCCCGACUCGGAGGGGGGAGGCGCGGGCCGCGGUAGGCAACGAGCGGCACGCGGCCCCACCGCGGGGCCGGCGCACCCGACUCCCUCCCCUCCCGCGGAGGGCGGGGAGUCCUGCUCUGCCCACGUGCUCCGGCAGUCGCCACGGUGGCCACUGCUGCGCUCGGGAGGGGCGGCGGCUGGGGGGUCCGGUACCCCAAGGCUCCCUCUCGGAUCGCUAG